AUGAAAUUCCAAGGUUCUUUAGAAGUUAAUUCCAUCAUUUUAAAGCUCUGUGAUCUGGCUGCCAUUAAGGGAAUGGGGCUACAGCAAUUCGUGAGCACUGCUGAGAGCCUUGGUCUCGUUGGUGGUGAUGUGAAUACGGAGGCAUUUGGGCACAAUAUCCGGUCGACGACGAAAGAUGGCGGCAGCGUUCUCGCUUCGCCGAGAAAGUUGUGCCAAAGCCUGUGCUGUCCGCGUCGAGAUCCAAUUUACCCCCAGGAUUGGAUCGGGCCUUCACUGCAGCAGCCCGGCCCGGCUCUGGGUCACCGAAAAGCUUUGCCAGCUUCCGAGUGGUUGCGCUGGGCUGAGCGUCUAUAUUUGAGCAUCUUAUGGUUGCUCUGGAAUGUCCUCCGCAUGCUGCCAAGAACUGCGACUGGGCGUCAGCUGUAUGUCUGCAUGAUGCAAGUACUGGCACCUCUGUUGUCGCUUCAAACACGUCUCGCGCUGCAAUCAGCCUUUGCUCACCGGGAGAUGUCUCUUGGUGAAUGA